AUGGCUACGGUUGUGUCUCACCAAGCGAUUGGGUCUAUUGUCUCUCAAAGACCUUUCAAUUUCAAAGCUUCACAGUUUCUAAAGGAGCUUCCUUUGAAUAAUCCGAUGAAGUUUAGACAAAAAAGAUUCAAGAUCGAAGCAACUGCUUCUCAGAUUCCUGUUUUUGAGCCUGUUUUGUCUCCUUCCAAGAACAUAACUCAUGAAUCCAAGAAAAAAUCAAAUGAAGCAGCUUUGAUAUUGAUUAGGCAUGGAGAAUCGUUAUGGAACGAGAAGAAUCUGUUUACGGGUUGUGUUGAUGUGCCAUUGACUGAGAAAGGUGUGGCUGAAGCUAUUGAAGCAGGGAAGAGGAUUAGCAACAUACCUGUCGAUUUGAUCUUCACAUCGUCUUUAAUCCGUGCGCAGAUGACUGCAAUGCUCGCCAUGACUCAGCAUCGACGCAAGAAGGUGCCGAUUAUCUUGCACGAUGAGAGCGAAAAGGCGCAAACUUGGAGUCAUGUUUUCAGCGAAGAAACUAGGAAACAAUCUAUCCCGGUUAUAGCGGCUUGGCAACUGAAUGAGAGAAUGUAUGGAGAGUUGCAGGGUUUGAACAAGGAAGAAACAGCGGAAAGAUAUGGGAAACAGCAAGUUCACGAAUGGCGUAGGAGUUACCACAUUCCCCCUCCUAAAGGCGAGAGCUUGGAGAUGUGCGCUGAGAGAGCUGUGGCUUAUUUUGAAGACAAUAUUGAACCAGAGCUUGCAUUUGGAAACAAUGUAUUGAUUGCUGCUCACGGGAACUCAUUGCGAUCUAUCAUUAUGUAUCUUGACAAACUAACAUCUCAGGAGGUUACAAGCUUAGAGCUAUCGACGGGUUUACCAUUACUCUACAUCUACAAAGACAGAAAAUUCAUGAGACGAGGAAGCCCGGUCGGUCCUACAGAAGCCGGUGUCUAUGCUUACACUAAGAGAUUGGCACAAUACAGACAGAAGCUUGAUGAGACCCUCUAA